AUGGAGGAAGUCGGCGGAUUCACCUACGAAGAGUGGUGCAAGAGAUGUGCAUGCGUUCCUGUUCCGACCGAGACCAUUGCUCCGAAGUCGUCCGUUUCGAAUCGCUCAACUCAGACUCAGGCUCGCACUCACAGCGAGGUUUCUGACCAGGACAACAAUUACCGCUAUGUCGCUAUGAGAGAGCCAGGUCCUCAAGACGCUGUUCCUGUCGCUUACGCGCUGUACCCUCAACCUGGCUACACCUACAUGUAUCCAUCACAGCCAUUCGCUGCUGUGGCUGCUCCUCCUGCGCCUGCAGCACCUGUCGUUGCGGCUGCUCCUCCCAAGGCUGCUUCUUCCACUCAAUCCAAGCAAGUGGAGUCUCACCAUCAUCACUACGUCCACGAACGUGUGCGCGAGAGACCGAUCCGUGCUGCCUCAGAGCCACCUACCAUUGAGAAGGCCGCGCCUACUCCACCCGCCCCUCCAGCAAACAUGCCGGCAGUGACUUACAGUCCAUUCCCAUACGCCAUGCCCACCAGCGCCAUCCCCGUCGCCUACGCAAUGCCCACCUAUCCGGUGCCCGUCCAAGCCGAAACCGCCAGCAACACCUCCUCUUCCAAACCCAAACCCGACCAGCGCAUCUGGGUCGGCCGCACCAGAAAGCAAGUCGACGAGGACAAUGCCAAGAUCGCCCACAAGGAAGGCGUUUACAAGCCCAACGAGAUGGUUCCCAAGGAUGCCUCGCCUGAUCAGUUGUUCUGGUGCAUUGAGCCUGAUGACACCAAUACUUUGCGCAGUUUCCGUACAAUCGAGGAGGAUCUCCAGCCGGGCAAGUGGAAGGUUGAUCCUAGGUAUGGUAAUGCGUACUUUGUGCGUGGAAAACUCGAGAAGGAGAAGAAGAAGAGUAAGUGA